GCAGAGGCCAUGUCACUGAAACAUUACCUUCUUUUGCUGGUGGGCUGCCAAGCCUGGAGCACGGGGCUGGCCUACUAUGGCUGCCCAACUGAGUGUACCUGCUCCAGGGCCUCCCAGGUGGAGUGCACCGGUGCGCGCAUCGUGGCGGUGCCCACUCCCCUGCCCUGGAACGCCAUGAGCCUGCAGAUCCUCAACACACACAUCACCGAGCUCAACGAGUCCCCGUUCCUCAACAUCUCAGCCCUCAUUGCCCUGAGGAUUGAGAAGAAUGAGCUGUCCCACAUCAUGCCUGGUGCCUUCCGUAACCUAGGCUCGCUGCGGUACCUCAGCCUUGCCAACAACAAGCUUCAGGUCCUGCCUGUUGGCCUCUUCCAGGGCCUGGACAACCUCGAGUCGCUCCUUCUGUCCAGCAACCAGCUGGUGCAGAUCCAGCCGGCACACUUCUCCCAGUUCAGCAACCUCAAAGAGCUGCAGUUGCAUGGCAACCACCUGGAAUAUAUCCCUGAUGGUGUCUUCGACCACCUGGUGGGCCUCACCAAGCUCAAUCUCGGCAAGAAUAGCCUCACCCACCUCUCGCCCAGGGUCUUCCAGCGCCUGGGCAACCUCCAGGUCCUCAGGCUGUAUGAGAACAGGCUCUCAGACAUCCCCAUGGGCACUUUUGAUGGGUGCGGAAACCUCCAGGAACUGGCCCUACAGCAGAACCAGAUUGGGAUGCUCUCCCCUGGCCUCUUCCACAACAACCGUAACCUCCAGAAGCUCUAUCUGUCCAACAACCACAUCUCCCAGUUGCCCCCGGGCAUCUUCAUGCAGCUGCCCCAGCUCAACCGUCUCACGCUCUUUGGGAAUUCCCUGAAGGAGCUCUCUCCAGGCAUCUUUGGGCCCAUGCACAACCUGCGUGAGCUUUGGCUCUAUGACAACCACAUCACUUCUCUACCUGACAACGUCUUCAGCAACCUCCGCCAGCUGCAGGUCCUGAUUCUCAGUCGUAACCAGAUCAACUACAUAUCCCCAGAUGCCUUCAAUGGGCUGGCAGAGCUGCGGGAGCUGUCCCUCCACACCAAUGCGCUGCAAGAGCUGGAUGGGAACGUCUUCCGCAUGUUGGUCAAUCUACAGAACAUCUCCUUGCAGAACAAUCGCCUAAGACAGCUCCCAGGGAAUAUCUUCGCCAAUGUCAAUGGCCUCAUGACCAUCCAGCUGCAGAACAACCAGCUGGAGAAUCUGCCCCUGGGCAUCUUCGAUCACCUGGGGCACCUGUGUGAGCUGAGGCUUUAUGACAACCCCUGGAGGUGUGACUCGGACAUCCUACCGCUCCGCAAUUGGCUUCUGGUCAACCAGCCCAGGCUGGGGACAGACACUCUCCCGGUAUGUUUCAGCCCACCCAAUGUCCGAGGCCAGUCCCUCAUCAUCAUCAAUGUCAAUGUCGCUGUCCCCAGCGUCCAGGUCCCAGCGAUCCCCGAGGUGCCCAGCUACCCACAAACACCACGGUACCCGGACACACCCAGCUACCCUGACACCACCCCUAUCCCCUCCACUACUGAGUUCACCAGCUCUGUGGAGGACUACACCGAUCUGACCACCGUUGACGUCACUGGUGACCGCAGUACGUGGGGCAUGACCCAGACCCAGAGCGGUCUGGCCAUUGCCGCCAUUGUCAUUGGCAUCAUUGCCCUGGCCUGUUCCCUGGCUGCCUGCAUCUGCUGUUGCUGCUGCAAGAAGAGGAGCCAUGCGGUCCUGAUGCAGAUGAAGGCACCCAAUGAGUGUUGA